CAGCCAUUAAAUUUUUGGUUGGAUGACCAUUAUAACCGGUUAAAUUCAUAUAUGGGCAAAUGGUGGUCUUGAGUAGGCGGUAACAAUUGUAAAAGGCGUAGAUGCACUUUGAAAGUUGCUGUGAACAAACCUUGCCCAAACAAAUAUCUACAGCCCUAAAUUUUGGUCACGCUUCCCGGGGAAAACGUUUGGCUCAGCAUCACGAAUUCAUCCGGUGAAUAUUUUUGCGUCCUAGACUAGUGUAACAAAAAGAAUUUUCUUCCUUAAUGGCACCAUGGAAUCGCUAGAUCGAAAGAGAUCUCCUCCGUUCCUGGAGCUAUCACAGCUUACUGUCCAAGCAUUACAGCAUAGCCAAAGCCAAGCACAACUAGACUUUGGCAAUGUGUUGACCCUCUGGACAACCCUAAUAAAAUCAAGCGACGUGAUCAAAAAUGGAAAACGACUAGAAAACAUCAGCUGGCGCGUAGUGAAUCGCAACAUCUUGCUCAAAAACGAUUUCAACAGAAAUGAUUUCUCUGCGUUAAUACAGAUCUCGUCAGGAAAGGUGGAGCACCCUAUCACCAAGGCCAGAAAGCAUUUGAAGCAAGCACUCUCCUCAGAAUCAUCUAGAACAAAGAGCGCGGCUUCAGUGAAGACUGACCAAGGCAGGAAAGAAAUUACCACUAAUGUCCCCGAUAGCGGGCAGAAUUCUGAAGAUGAGCGACCUUUGGAUGAAUCCAAAAAGUUAACCCAGAGGAAUCUACAUCAUCAGCAAAGCCUUAUACACAAAACGCCUGACAAAGCCAGGCGUUCGCGUGGGCAUAUGUUUUUCAUAGAAAAUACACCUUCCCCGGAAGCUGAGGGAGGUUCUUCAAAAUCGCCUCCCUCUCCAAAAGUGAGGAGCUUAUUCGAUCAUCCUGUAAAUGACGGCAAACCACCAAUUGAGUCUGCGCAAAAACCGAAACCGCGGCAUAUAGAGCGUGAUAGAAGCUUGGAGCGCUUAAAUCAGCAGCAUGCUCUUUAUGGCACUAGCAAGUCCAACACUGCUCUGCAUUCACCACAGUCAGAGACCCAAAAGUCCCAGAUGUCUCUAUUUGACAAUAAAGCUGGAAAACAGGCAGUAACAAAGCAACAUAUCAUGUUUUCGUCGGACGAAGAGAUAUCAGAUGGAUCGGAUUGGUCUUCAAUGUCUGGUGAUUCUGACUUGGAUGACGACGAUGAAGGAGAAGAAGAACAAUUGAAUUUCAGUAAGACAAAUAUUCAAAAGCCAGCUGAAAGGCCACAGAUGAAGAGAUCUCUUUUGAGUGGUCUAUUUUUGGACAAGAUGGGUAAUGAAGUCUCUGAAAAGUCGCGUGAAAACAGCAGGCCAAAGUCCAGAAGCCCAAGUUUAGUGGUUUCGCCGUCCCUUGGUUCAGUAGAUCACCCAGAAAUGUCAAGAGCAUCAACCUCUGCCUUUAACGUGAACGCUUCAGCUGACGUGGUUACCUCUCCAACCGAGAAGACAAGAUCUUUAGCACAACGAAAUAUCACAAGCUCGCCGGUGCCUCCAACAGAUCACCAACGCCCAACAAUGACACGGAAUAACUCGAGCAAUAACCCCCAUCUUGUUUCUAAGUCUGCAAUAUCACUGGCAUCGUUUUUGGCCAGCAACAGGAGACCCCAUGCGACCGCAUCAGAAGUACACAAUGGACACUAUGAUCGUCACCACGAGUCCAACGCGCCGCCUACUGCUGCUACCCUUCUCCCUACCGCACUAUCCACUCACAUGUUCCUUCCAACUAUGAAUUUACAUCGCCAGUCUAGAGUCAGGGACACGAAGUCUUCUACGCACUCACAUCUGGUGCCCAAACCAACAGCUAAAACCCAGCUCGAUGAUAGAAGUAGGCAGGCAUCUAGGGGUAGAUCAGAUGGGCAAGACAACGAUAAAGAGUUCGAAGAGGCUAUUAGUGUCUCCUCCAGCGUCAAGUCAAUUGAGAUUCCAGGAUCUCUAACGCGUUCUAGAACUCAUUCUCGAACUCAUUCUCAUCGGGACUCUCCGGUCCAUCAUCCUAGCAGGCCCGGUCUAGAAAAUCGGGGCAGCUCGUAUCUUACAAAGGUGUCGCCUGCUGUCACUACAAGAGAAAUGUUGACGAAAGAGCUUCCAUCUAACCUUGUGGAAUCUAUCAACAAUGAAAACAAACUAAUUCAUGCAUCAUCCACGAAUUUGAGCGAGCUUUCUAGUCAUGCACGCUUACACAACUAUAUACACACGAACCAGUCCUCUACUGCUACAUUGAUGAAUGGAAUUGUCACAGCAGAUGAAAAUAGCAGUUCCGAGAGUGAACCGUCGAACAACAUUAUUGCAAACGGUAUAAUGGGUAACAAGCUAAGGUUGCUGACUACAGAUACCCAAAGCGCACCAUUCAUUGAUGACGAACAUCUUGCAUACAAUCAAGAUAAAGACGAUGAUUGGGAGGAUAAUUUGAAUUAUCACGCCAGAGGUUGGUAGAGCAAAAUCUUUGUUGAUAAAGGCUGUGUAUCGUUUUCUGUUAAUAAUAUAUGGCUAGAAAGAAAAGGACUUUAACAUCUGAACCGCAUGGUAAAACUAUCUUUAGUUUCCCUCCAUCAAUCCGGUCGCUUCAGUCGCAAAAGAUGGAGUUUUAUAAGGCUCACUUCGAGAGUGUUGUUCCUGCACAACUUUUCACAAUAUCCAACUUCUGGAGCGCAAAACAAUGUCAAGAUCUAAUUUGCAGCAUACAGGAAAGUCUUGAUCUUGAAACUACACCUGUGAUUAAAUCCAAACUUUACGCGUCUCGGGUCAAUGACCGCGCUUGCAUAAGAGACCCUGUAAACGCUGGGCUGAUAUAUGACUACUUUCAAAAAAUACUAAAGUUCAAGAUUGGACAAGGUGCUGUUGAGGAAUGGAUAGUGCAAGAAAUGGAAAGUUCCGAGGCCUUCAAUCCAGAUUCAAGGUUUUAUAGGUACUCCAAGGGCCAGUACUUUGGCAAACACUAUGAUGAGUCUGUAGAGGUUGGAAAUCUAAAAUCAAAGUGGACAGUUCUAGUCUAUCUAAGCGACAAGGGUUUGAAAGGAGGCGAAACAAUAUUCUAUAAUGAGCAAGCAGAUAGGAGCAGAAGACAUAUAAGUAUAAAGCCCCAACAAGGUAUGGCGUUAUUCCACAAACAUGGAGACGAUUGUUUACUCCAUGAAGCUGCUACAGUACUAGAUGGUGAAAAAUGGGUUUUUAGAACGGAUGUCAUGUACAAUAUAUACAAAUAAAGGAGUGUUGAUCUAUAAUUUCAAAUCAGAGAACUUUACAAUGCUAUUGUUGAUGAACGCAUUGACGCCAUAAUCUUUCCUUUCGGAUUUCGAGAGCUCUUCCAAGUGCUUCAUCAAUGGCGAUUUAACUUCUUUUCUUGCAGUGGAUGCCCUUGUAGCUCCGUCCUUCACCACUUGGGCAAAUUCAGAGCCAGCUAGAUAUCCACGUUUUUCUGGACUGGUAUAGUAAAGAAUAUCGCGUCUAGCGAUUGGCUUCGCUUGCAUGGGAACGUAACCCUUCGUACGCAUAAAGCGCUGAGGAGACAUAUGAACUUUGUAACCUAGAGAUCUCGAAAAAUACCUCGAGGUGUACUUUCCACCGUUGCUUUCGAUAGCUUCGAUCGCUGUUUGCGUAGCUUUGGUCGACUCUAUGUUUAUAUUGAGCUUGUACACCGGAGCUCCCGUGCCUAGAAUAGCAACCCCGUCUUUUAAGGAUCCAGUAAUCAGACCUAUUUCCCUCAUCUUUCUCAUCGUAAGUGUCUCCCCAGGAGCCAACUUCAAACGUCCUGAAUCGUGAAAUUGUUGUAUUUUAAUUAAUGGGACUUCGUGUAAGUCAAGCUUUUGGUGUCUAAUAAAACCUCUCUUAGGAUAAAGUUUAUAAACUGGAGUUUGUCCACCUUCAAACCAAUUUGGCACAGAUCCUCUAGCUUUCUGGCCUUUUUGACCUCGUCCAGAUGUUUUUCCAUAGCCUGAGCCCGGACCUCUAC